AUGCCCAAAGGGACUAUCUUGUAUCAAAGCUGUCGAAAAUCAAUAAAGGCAAAUUAAUGCUAAUUUUAUAAUAAAGAACCCCUUAUUCUUAUGGCUCAAAGUUAAAGUACCUUAGUUAACAGUUUUGGAAGAAGCCAAAUAGUUUAUCCUUAAAAAUAAAUUGUAUCCUUAUUAUUUUGAUAGAGAGAGGUUGAAUAUGGAAAAUCUCGUUUUGCAGUCCCACAACUAUCUAUUAGAGAAAGACUAUUUGGAAAUUGA